AUCCCGCGCCUCGGAGCCUCGGAGCCAUUGGAGUAGUCCAUCUUGCCUCUCGUAUCGCUGCAGUCACCCCCCCCCCUCCAGCGCGCCGUCCGUGUUGUUGGAGUAAAUAAUGGCGGCAUCGGGAGGCGGAUUAUCAUCUCCCGCUACCGUGGCGGGCUUCGUGAGCACCAUAGCACCGGCCCGGGCUCGCUUCCCGGGCCGACCGUCCCCGGCUCGCAGCAGGCUGCGGGCGGAAAAACGCACAAGACGCGGAAGGUUUGUCUCGGACGACGGGGAGCUGGCUGGUGGAGGGCCGAGGCCCGUCAACAUCGGCUUUGCGUUGAGCGAGGACCCGGCCUUGUUGCGUCUGCUCGGGGUGACGGAAAAACACAGGCGUCAGAGAGACGUGGGCUUCGACUCCAGCAACAGCGAGGAGGAGGAAGAUUUCACUGGAUUUGGGACCACAAAAGUUCGCCCGCAGAAAACUUCAGGUGCAGUUCCUCAGUCAUCAGUCAGCCAAGCUCCAGACCAAUCACCAGGAGCGAAACCUCUAAUUGGAAAAAUAAUACCCAAGACCCCAAAAUCGACUCUUAUUGGGAAAAUUGUACCGCGGGUCUCUAAAGAAGAACCGGGUGAUAAAGAGAUAUCAGCAGCAGAGAGCAAAGAAAUACCAAAGGUGGUCAUUAAACUGCCUGGUGAGCAGGUAGCCAAACAUGCAGACGAGUCGGCCUCAGGCGCACAGAGCAGUACGACGGCAGGAGAAACGACAUGUUCAGGCAGCACGCAAAACCAAACAGCCACUACCUCAGCUGGUGGCGCCAAGCAACGUGAGACGGUGGGAGCUCGGAAAGCAGCUCACCGAAGGGUUAAAGGCGAAGGCAAGGGUUUGGGGGACUCGGACACAGACCAAUCCCAGAAACGGAGAACUGUGAAGCGCAUAAGGGGAUUUCGAGUCGGGCACACCAGACGCACACCCCAAGCGGUCACUAUGUUGUUAACAUCUUUCCACAAACGUCAGAGGAAGAGAAUGGCUAAGGGUAUGGAAGCCUCCCCGGAGGCCGGAGCUGAAGCCGGCGCCCAGAGCGGAGAAGAGGCCGCGAUGCCUCUAGAGUGUAAAGCCGCAGAUACCUCACAAAAAAGGGUGCACAAAACACAUAGGCGCAAGGCUUUAUUCGGGCAGAGGCGAAAGCCAUCCAAAAACGUUCUAAAAGUUGGCUGUAAGGCGACGAAGCCUGCUUAUUACACGCCGGUAACGGGAGCCAUUCCAGCAACAGGGAUGCCGGAUGAGAUCGAGCAGCAGAUCCAAAGUCACGUUAUCACUCCGUCAGAGGGUGAGCAGAGGUCCGAGCAAGUGCACCAGAGCUCAAACAACUCCACCACUCCUGUAAUAAGUGCGCGGUCCUCCCGCGUCAUUAAAACUCCAAAGAGGUUCCUGGACACCGAGAUGAUUCCCUUUCCAAAGGGCUGUUUGUCUACGUGGCUGAAAAGUCAACAGAGAGAAGACGGAAAACCGAGCGCGUCUCCUUACGAGUCGGGUUACGAUGGCAGCUUGCUACAGUCCGACAGCGACUCCAUGUCUAUAUUCGACAGCUCGUCUGCCGUGGCAAAGAUCUCAUCAAAGCGCGGUCCGGGUACAAGCCACAUGGAGAUUUACAAGAACCUGAAGAAACUGACGUUGAAACUGGCAGAGAAGAAGAAAAGUCCGUCUGACAUUCAGGCGGAUUACGCGCAUCACGGCGACGGUGUGACCUCUCAGGUCAGGAAGAGACGGAGGUCCAAGCUCAUGAUGGAGGAGAUGGACUCUCCCGGUGUUGUGAGGAAGCUCGCCGUGGUGGUGAACACCGACGUGGAAGCGCCCUCGCAAACGUUGCCAGAAGACACAGGCAACAAUGAUAAAGCACCUACCGUGACUGGGGAAAGCUGCGAGCCGUUGGAAGUCAGUGGGCCCGGCCCUCGCAUUGGCCUCAGUGGAGCUAAUAAGAGGAUGCUCCACCUGCUGAAGAAAGCCAAAGUCCAGCUCAUCAAGAUUGAUCAGCAGAAGCAGCUCAAGUUGUCACAAUUGGGUACGAGAGAUUCACAAGUGCCCGUGAGUGGGAGGAGGAGGAGGAGAGUUGACCUGUCUGCCAAAGAUACGAGUCCUCAGGAGCAGCCCCUCGGUGGUCCCAGGAUCAAACAUGUGUGUCGGGCAGCGGCCGUGGCUUUGGGGCAGCCUCGGGCGAUGGUGCCGGAUGACAUUCCCAGACUCAGCGCGCUGCCGCUUCACGAGAGAGAGGGGAUCACCUUUUCUCCCGUAGCCGAAGAUGUGGCGGAUGAUGACGAUGACGCCUCUGAUCAGGGCAGGGCCCAGUGGGUGGUCUCUCAGGAAAGCAUCCAGCGCAGGAGGAGAAGGGGGAGGGGGAAGGGCCACAGGUUCAAAAAAAGGAAGGUACUGAGUCAAUACGCACCCGGGGGAGUCCGGUCGCGGCGCUGCGGCCACUGCAAAGGCUGCCUGGUAGUGGAGGACUGCGCAAAGUGUAUCAACUGCCUGGAUAAGCCCAAGUUCGGGGGACCCAACACCAAGCGGCAGUGCUGCGUAUAUAAGAAGUGUGAGCGGAUUGAGAAGGCGAAGAUUGAGCGAAUUAUCAGGCCGUUCAAAGUCCAGCCUAUUUCGAGCGGCGAUGAUACAAACUGGAGCUUUGGCGAUGCAGACGAAGGAUCCUCCUCAAUGUCGACCGGAGUCAAAAAAGAGUCCCUGCGUAAGAUCAAACCACGCUCCUACAGCAAACUGCUCAAAUCGGAGUCUGAGGAAGAAGACGAAGAGGAGGAGGACGAAGCAGAAGAACAAGAGGAAGUGGAUAAGAUGGAUAAAUUGACAGUGAAGUCAGACGCAGCAGCUGCAAGAAACCCAGAUCUUGCUCCUCAAGACGGCGUGUCGCUCCCUGAAGACCCACCAGCCGAGUUAGUGAGGCAUCGGCGGCCGUUCACCAAAGGAGUCGGCAGCAGACCGAGAGCUUACAAGGCACAGGAGAACACCGAAGAGACGGAUCCCACAGAAACUUUCCCCGAGCCCAGACCGUCCGGGAGCCCAAAGCCGAAGCUGCGGCGGCAGCUCCAAAUACACUUACACCGCCUGCCUGAUUCUGUCCUGCAGUCUGCUGCUCUGUUUUUACCGCACCGGCCGCCCCAGUGUGUGGAUCAGUCGCAUCCACUGCUGGUCCAGCUUGUAACACAGCCUGCUAUUUUGCAAUCGUCACUUUCUGAAACAAACCCUCCUCCAGAAUUGUCCCGGCCUGAAACGCACCCCACUUCUCCGCUCUCACCACGUCCCGUAGCAAACUGUCCUCAGAAAUCUCUGCUGUUGCGUUUGCAUCGUUUACCUCAGUCUGUGGUGAAGUCGGCCUUGACUUCGCACAACUCUGUGUCAUUAUCACCUCAGCAACAGCCUCGCAGCUCACGGCACUCGGCUUUGGGAGAGGUUUCGUCACAGUUGUCUUCUCAGGGACAAUCAGAGUCUGAGGUGCAGCACCCAGACGAUUUGACAGAGACACAAAAAGCCGAGACAGAUACAAAGACAGAUAUAAAGACAGAUGAAACUGUGCCCGAGCCCCCUCCAGCUACCAAUCCAGGCACAGAGUUACAGGAGGAGGGCACACGAGUGGAACAGGAGGACAGACGGGAGGAGCGUCCUGAAGAAGACGAGAAGGACUCAUCUGUAAAAGGGACAGUGCUGCAAAACUGUCCAACUGACAAACACUAUGUCCUUCGUUCCCAGAAUCCUGCAGAGUGUGCAUCAGUGAACACCCUGGCAGGGUUAACUAACGGAUUUCCCCAAAAGGGCCUGUUGCAGAGCAAGCACAAGAUCCGAGUAGACUUCAAGGAGGACUGUGCUGUCCAGAACGUAUGGCUAAUGGGAGGACUCAGCGUCCUCACUUCUGUCCCGACCACUCCUCAACCCGUCUGUCUGCUGUGCGCCAGUAAAGGCCGAUACGAGAUGAUUUUCUGCCAGAUCUGCUGCGAGCCUUUCCACAGUUUCUGCCUGUCGCCCGAGGAGCGCCCCCAGGAGGAGAACAAGGAGAACUGGUGCUGCAGGCGCUGCAAGUUCUGUCAUGUGUGUGGGCGUAGAAGCAAGAGCUCGAAGCCUGUGUUGCAGUGCAGAAGAUGCCAAACCUCCUUCCACCCUUCUUGUUUGGGACCAACAUACCCUAAGCCUAUGAACUGCAGCAUGCCCUGGGUGUGCAUGACAUGCAUACGGUGCAAAAGUUGCGGCGUGACUCCUGGAAAGACCUGGGACUUGGCCUGGAAUCACGAUCAGGACCUGUGUCCCGACUGCACCUGUCUCCAUGACAAAGGUAACUUCUGCACUGUCUGCCAUAAGUGCUACGAAGACGGCAGCCGACUCCCACAGAUGAUUCAGUGUUCAGAGUGCAGCCACUGGAUUCAUUACACAUGUGAAGGACUCUCAGAAGAGCUCUUUGGGCUCCUUUCAAGUCAGCCGGAAAAAGUGGAUUUCGUCUGUACACCCUGCAGUCAGCAUCAAACCGAACACAGCAGCUUGAAGGAGGGUCUGCAGAGCAGGUUGAUGGCCGGGCUGGAGGAGGUGCUCAUCAACCUGCUCUCAUCCACCAGCACUCAGCACCUAGUUACCUGUAAUGCGUGUCAGGAAGCAAACAUCCCACCAUUUGACCGGAAACAGCGUCCAGUCUGUGAUCUACAAGCUAUGGAGCUGAAGUUUAAAGAGGGCGGUUACACCUCAAUAAAAGCUUUCCAUACAGAUGUGGCUGCUGUGAUGAGUAAGUGGUUGAAGGAAGAGGAACUUCUCCCUGAGGAUCAGAGACCGACCGUUCAGGCCAGGGCCCACUAUGAUAAGGUGAUGAAGCGAGUUUUAAGCUGGUUUCCUGCACUCACUCUAAAGAAGUGGGAAUCCUUUUCAGAAGAAUUCCCAAUUGGGAUGCUUCCGGAGGCGGUUCUUCCACCUUCUAAGGAGCACAGCUAUGCACAGUGUGUGGAGAGGACAUACCAGCCAAAGGAGGAGAAAACGGACUCCAUGCUGUCCUCAGUCACUGCACAGCAGUCCAAAACAUCACACAGACUUCCUCCCUAUUCUCACGAGUCCAACAAGACAGAAGACGUGAGGCAGUGUGCACUGUGCCAACAGUAUGGAGACUCUGCUCCCAGAGACGCAGGACGGCUCUUGUACUUGGGACAAAACGAGUGGGCCCACGUCAACUGCUGCAUUUGGUCUGCAGAGGUGUAUGAGGAGAGCGGCGCCCUUCUGCAAGUGCACAGUGCUGUCUCAAGGGGGCGCCACCUGCGCUGUGAUCGCUGCGGCCAGUCAGGGGCUACGGUGGGCUGCUGUCUCGCCACCUGCCAGAGUAAUUUCCACUUCAUGUGUGCCCGUGCCCAGAACUGUGUGUUCCAGCAGGACAGGAAGGUUUACUGCUUCAAACACAGGGACCUCGUCAGUAAGAAGAUGGUGUCUGGGAAAAGGUUUGAAGUCCCUCGGCGGGUGUACGUAGACUUUGAGGGGAUUAAUCUCAGAAGAAAGUUCCUUACAGGUCUUGAGCCAGAAACCAUUAACAUGACCAUAGGCUCUCUGCAGAUUCAGAAACUCGGCGUGUUGUCAGAGCUGUCAUCCAACGGGAGGAUGUUGUAUCCUGUCGGCUAUCAAUGUUCUAGGUUGUACUGGAGCACUGUGGACCCACGCAGGCGUUGCAGGUACAUCUGCAAGGUAACAGAGGUGAGCACACCGCUCCCUGGUGAAGAACAAGACCCGAGGUGGGACCAAGGAGAGAACCACACCAUAGUCCACAGCCCCAGCUGCCCCAGAGAUGUGGAGUCCCCGGAUCCUUUGAGCACCUCAUCCAGUCCAAUAAAGUCCACUACCUCAUCGCCCAACUCUAAACCGCACAACACACCUGAUUCUAAAAGUCCUGGUUACACACAAACCAGGAGACCAGCAGGAGGAUCAUCUCGACCGCUCCCAUCUCCAGGUUCUGCACUUCCCAAAUCACAUCACAUCCUCACGCUGAGGGACCUGGAUGACACCCGCCGGCCUCGCAGGCUCUCGUCCAGAAGCCGCUGCAGUUCUUCACCCACAGAAAGCGACCCGUCUGUACCGAUGACUCUCCGCUCCGGUGGGACUGUCCACUCCAGGACCGCCCUGUUCGGCUCCCCGCCGAGAUCAUUAAACUUCGGAUCAGCUUCUCCUCCACUCUCACGUCAGACCUCAGCUUCUCCGGUCUGGAGCUCGCCUCCUAGGUCCACCUCCAGCGUUUCUGCAGGGCUGUCGCCUCGCCAAGGAGCCUUCACUCACUCCCCCAGAGGCAGGCAGAACUUUAAGAUCACCACUCCGGUCUCCGCCGAGGUUCCCCAAGACUUCCUAGCUUCGUCUGAGGCGGAAGAUGCGGCCGUGGCCACGACAAACGGGAUCUCACUCGCCCCUGAUAACCUGGAAGAGGAAGUCGCCCACUUGAUGUCCCAGGAGCUGCCUUACACCGUGUUUGACACGGACACGGAGGUAGCAGUGGCCUCCAUGCUCAACGCUAAGCUCGACUUUGACGAGGCGCUGCUCACCGAGAAUGACUCGCUUCACUGCGGAGCGCAGAGCAGCAGAGGAGACGUGGAAGGCGUCGUGCGCGAUGUGGAAAUGCAGGAAGAUAAUCAGGGAAACGACUCAGACCAUGAAGACUCCAGGCGUUACCUUAAAUUUUCCCGCACGGUGGUUUGCGACGCAGCUGGUGUCUCAGACGCCCCGGGCCAGCUUCCUUCAGCACAGUCCAUCUCCCAGUUAGACGGUGCCGAUGGUGGUUCAGAGAGUGACGACAGUGACGCAACCGACCGUGAAGCUCAGGACCCGGAAGGAGUUGAACCCACAACUCACACCAAUCACAAUACACCCACUAAACAGCUAACAGUCGCUCUAAAGAGGCUGGAGUCGAUCUACACCGUGUCAAAGUCGCAACAAGAAACGUGCGAGCCAGAGUUUCAGAGUUUGUCACCGUCUGCUUUUCUUGAACCAAGUUAUACGAACGAUGACCUGUCAGUCCAGGAAGAGGAAGUCAUGAUGAGCUCUGAAACACCAACAUAUCACAGUGAAGCGAGUUUGAAUUCUGCCGUGGGCCCACUCGUUUCUGCCGAAGGUGCCUCUACAAUGUACCCAAAUACAAGUGCAGUAGAUGACAAAGAUGACAGUAGCUCAUCAACCGACUCAGUCGAAGGAUUUAAAGAUGAUUUGAAUGAUCCCGAUUAUUCCCCGAGCCUAGUCAAAAAAUCUCCCCCGGCACAGACGAGAACCAUCGUUGUGAAGGCGAAACAGCCUGCGCCAAACCUCAAACGCCUCUCCCCUAAGCCGUAUAUUCCACUUCAGCCCAAACUCAGGCUGCCUUUACCGCCUCGAGUCGGACAGACUGUAAAUAAUGUGCCUGGUUCCUCUCCCGCUGCCACUUUUUCUGCAGUCCCACGCCCCGUCACCUCCCCCAUCAUUAUCAACGGCUUGAGUCCGUUGCCCGUUCAGCAGAGCGCCACGCGGGGCAGAACCAUCGCCAUCCGCUUGGACAACACCAAGGCGGCAGCAGGUCAGCAGCAGGUGGUAACUACGAGUCAACCCGAGGCAGCUAACUCGCCCCUGCCCCAGACCUCCACCCGUCAAGUCCUGCUGGUUAACCGCCAAGGACAGGUUCUGAUAAAAGACCCGAGAACGAACACUUACCAGUCGCUGAGUAUGAACUCGCCCGUCUACGAUAAGAUAAGUCAGAUUGCCAAGAUUCUUCACAGUGGCAACACUCUGCAGAACUCGGUCCCCCGUGUCAUAAUAAAGCCUCGCUCCAGCCCUUCCGUCGCCAACGUCUUGCCUCCCGCUAACCCCGCCAGUAACCACGCAGCACCUGAGAAGAAAUACAUCGUCAAAGUGGUGAAAAGCAGCGCCGUUCCAGCCCCCGUGGCUCCUGUGAGCACGCAGAGCGCCCCCGAAGCCACUCUGACCACCACCGCAGAAAGCGAAGCCCAGACUAUCAUCGACAGAGCGAUGGCGUCUCACCGCGACGCCAAGACUAAACCCAACAUUCUGAGUAACGUUCGGCAGCCAAAGACCAAACCGCAAACACCGCCGCAGUCGACAGAGGCAGUGGACUCGGAUCAGUCGUCGAGUGGACGUUCAGAGUCGCCGCAUGACCUCCUAAACGAACCAACGCCAGCUUCGUCACGCAACCAGGUCAGAGUGAAGAGGGUGUCAUCGGUGUCUGAAAGGCCUUCCAGGAAGAAAUCCAAGAUGGACUUUUUGAAGGAUCCGUCAAGUGAGCUGGAGGAAGUUAACGAAGCCAGAACAAGCCGUGUGAGAAUGAAAGCCCCAUCAGCAAAAGACGUUCUUGAUCUGGACCGGGAAAAUAUUUCUGAACCAGAGCUUCUGAGAAUUACAGCUCCACCAGCUCCUACGCCUUCCAGACGUCCUCAGGUUGAGAGUCCACCUACAUCCGCACAAACCAGCAGUAACAUUCAGGGUAAAACACAAGCGUGGGUCGGCUCUCGUCACGGAGACAUCUUCGAGUGGGGCCCUUAUUCAGGUUUUAGCUCAGAUGAAGAAGCACCAAAACACAGAAAGAGGACGUACAUGAACCAGCCCCACCUGCGCUUUGAAAUCACCAGCGACGACGGCUUCAGCGUUAAGGCUAACAGCAUAGAGGUUGCGUGGCGCGCGGUGAUUGACAGCGUCCUCGAGGCUCGUGCGGGCUUCCAUCUGAAGCAGCUGCCUCUGGGCGGGAUGAGCGGUCCACGGGUGCUUGGCGUCGUCCACGAUGCCGUCAUCUUCCUGCUGGAACAGCUGCAGGGGGCCGCGAACUGCAAGCACCACCGCUUCCGUUUCCACCGCUGCGAUGACAUCGAGGAGGAGCUGCCCAUCAACCCGAGCGGCUGCGCUCGAGCUGAAAUCUACACACGGAAAGCAACCUUCGACAUGUUCAACUUCCUAGCGUCACAGCACAGACAGCUCCCUGACAUAGUAGGGCCCUUUGACGAAGAGGAGGAUGAAUUCCCGUUGAAAUCUUCCAGGCGAGCCACCAGCAGUGAGCUUCCCAUGGCGAUGAGAUUCAGACACCUGGAAAAAAUCUCAAAAGAAGCCGUAGGAGUUUACAGAUCUCUAAUUCACGGGCGUGGACUGUUCUGCAAGAGGAACAUCGAUGCUGGGGAGAUGGUGAUAGAGUACGCCGGCACAGUCAUCCGUGCUGUCCUGACGGAUAAGCGAGAGAAAUAUUAUGACAGCAAGGGCAUCGGCUGCUACAUGUUCCGCAUCGACGACUUCGACGUGGUGGACGCCACCAUGCAGGGCAACGCGGCCCGCUUCAUCAACCACUCGUGCGAGCCCAACUGCUACUCCCGCGUCAUCAACGUGGACGGCCGCAAGCACAUCGUCAUCUUCGCCCUGAGGAAGAUCUACCGGGGGGAGGAGCUCACCUACGACUACAAGUUCCCCAUCGAGGACGAGAACAGCAAGCUGCACUGCAACUGCGGGACGAGACGCUGCCGUCGCUUCCUGAAUUAGCAUGUCACCACAAAAUCACACACACACACACAAAAAAAACACACAAACACCAGUAGCCCACAACAAAAAGCCAUCCCAGCUGAAGCACUUCAAGGCGGUUUUAAUAAAUUCUAAAGGUGACUGUUUUGACGUCGCCGUAGGAAGGAGAUGAGAGCUGACCUGCUGAAUAUUCACUUUCUAGACUAGUCAAGGGCGGCGUGUUUGUUCAUUUCUGUCCUCUGAGCUGCUGUUGGCAGUCCCAGAAGAGCCCAUAUGUUAGAGCUUGAAGUCCAUUUAUAUGAUUUCCGACUGCAGGAUAGAAGCUCUGCUUUAUUUGAAUUUGUGUACAGUUUUGCCAUCUCAUAUCAUCAAUUCUCUGGCCUCUACUGGAACCCGAGGUGAGGCGACAUCCAGGGGGCGAACCCGCCUCGAAUGGUGCAAGCUAAAAUAAAGUGAUUACUGUGUAAAGAGGGAUCCAUUACUAUGCUCAGUGUCUUUGUAAAUACAAGGUCACGGACGGAGUGAGGUGAACGCAUUCAGCACCUCGCUCUCUACUUCGGAACAAACACGUCGUGUACACUUGUAGUGCAGCUAUGUUUUAAACUUCACUCUGGACUCCGCAGGGACUCCUAAUAUUUUAGGUGCUGAUGACAUUUUUCCUAAAAAGAUAGUUUUACUAGAGUCACCCAAACCCUCUUUUUUUCCCUCGGUCUGUUAAAACUUCCUGUUUUUAUUUGUGAUGUCACAGAUGCUGUGAUCUACUCGCUUUUAUCCCACUAUUACAGUCUUGUUAUUUUGUGCUCGUUUUGUGUGUUUUAAGGCCUAUGAGGGAGCGUUUUCCCCCCCACCGGUGCAGGCUGCAACGUGAAUACAGUGAUCUUGCUCUCUGCACGGUCCCUCAUGACUCUUUUUGUAUAUUUGAACAAUAAAUGUAUAUUUCAACAAACUCAAGGAAACAAAUGUGUUUGAACUUUUAACUUUCUGUUUUGCAAGUGAAGGCAGACAAACGGAAGCGCGGCAAAUGAUCCUACGUUGACCUGUUUGCACCCACCCUGUGUUGUACUACCUCAGAGACAUUAUGAAGCAACAUUUAACUUAAGCACACAACACAUCCGCUGAAACACUGCUUCCUUGUUCAGUAUUUCUUAUCCUUAACGUCUCGAUAGUGUCGAUAUUACGGCGACAUUUAUUAGAGGAUGAAGUUUUUUUGUUUUCUUUGUCCUCGUUUACUCCACUCAGCUACUGCAUGUAGAUGGUUUCACAGACUUUGAGGUGAAGGCUGAUUGCUGUGGACUUUUGUAGGAUUUGUUACUUUAUCAGCUCAUGAUGGAAUUUGCCUGUACAUAGUUGUAUAAAGAAUUUCUAAGCCUGUUGGAUAUUUUUUUACGUAAGAUUUCUUUCGUUUUUUUUUUUUUUUUAUUUAUGUUCAAUAAAAAUUUGUUCUAAGUUUG